GCGCCGUACCGUGCCGGUGCUCCGCACGCGUGCACACACAGAGAGCCGCAAUACCUGGCGGCUCUGGCCAACUGUCAAAUGAUACGCUAAGAUAUACUAGCGGCCUUCUCCAGCUGUUUCUCCUAGGAGGACUUUCUUGUACUGGCCGGGGCAAAGGAGGCAGGCGAGCCGGGAAUGCCGAUGGACGCUUCUUUCUUUCGGUACUUGAGGUGCAUCAUCAGCGGUGCCGAGAACUCAAAAAACAAGAAACUCAGUUCUGAAUUCCGUCGCGCAGUUUGGCACAGAUGAUCGCGGCAUUUGUUUUCAGCUACCGGCGUGCGACCACAUAUUUUUUAUAUACACUGGGCGGUGAGCCGAACCAAGUGACUGACGUAUGGCAUGAUCGUAAGCCACACGCUGUUGUUUUGCCCAAACAAAAUCUCACUGUCCAACAACGCAACUACUCUAGAUUAAUUAGUAGAGGAGAGACUGACAUCGGCAUUGCCGGUUGAACUGCAUCCACGAUGGCGUGUGCGGUGGAGCCACGAUGCGUGCGAAGGCUGCCGUGUUUGGUGCUGUGCGCAUUUCUGUUGCUACAUUUGCCCAUUGUGUGUGAUGGAUCCUUGGAGGAGAGCAAGCUGCUGACUGACCUGACUCUGAACUACAACUAUUCUGUACGCCCAGUACGGAAUGAUUCUCUCCCUCUCAAGGUGUACAUGGGAUUAUCCAUUUCGCAGAUUAUUGAUGUGGACGAAAGAAAUCAAGUUAUGAAAACCGGUCUAUGGGUCAAACAGAGAUGGCACGAUUACCGACUUCAGUGGAAACCAGCUAACUACAGCAAUGUCUCCGUGAUCCAUAUACCUAUCAUGAUGCUCUGGAGUCCCGACUUACUUCUCUAUAACAACGUCCAUGAUGGCUACAAGAUUGACCUUGUGACCAAGGCUCAGGUUUAUGCCAACGGAACCGUCUCCUGGAGUCCCCCCGCCGUCUUCUACAGCGCCUGCGCCAUCGACGUCCACUACUUUCCCUUUGACAAGCAGGACUGCAAGCUCAAAUUCGGCUCUUGGACCUACGACGAGAGCAAGAUCGACCUAGAGUCGCUGGGCAGCACGGUGGAUCGGCAGGAUUACUGGGAGAACGCCGAGUGGGAGAUCGUGGACACGCCCGUGGUCAAGCACACCAUCAAGUACCCGUGCUGCGAGCAGACCUACGUGGACAUCACCUUCCACUUCAAGCUCCACCGGAAGUCCCUUUUCUACGUGGUUACCUUCGUGGUGCCGUGCGUCUUGAUCACCAUGAUCACUAUCCUCGUCUUCUACUUGCCUUCCAACUGCGGGGAGCGGACCACGUUGUGCAUCUCCAUCCUCCUGGCUGUCAUCGUGUUCCUGCUCCUGAUAGCUGAGAUGAUCCCCACCACCUCCGACACCGUGCCGCUGAUUGGCUGCUACCUGCUCUUCACCAUGGGCAUCGUCAGCGUCUCCAUAGUGACCACCAUCAUCAUCAUCAACCUGUUCCACCGGUCGUCCGAGACGCACACCAUGUCCCCCUGGGUCAAGACGUUCUUCACCGAGACCCUGCCGCCGUUCCUGCAUAUCCAGCGGCCCGCCAACUACCGGGACUACAUUUGCAGCGCCCCGCCCACCCCGCAGCCCAAGCGUAAGGUCUACGUCAACUCCAGCGAUUCCCCAGCCACCGACCGCUCCUGCUUCCACAACAAGAAGCGGAGUUUCAAUGUGGGCCGCUCGUCCAGCAACUACCACCUGUUGCAACGGGCGGCCAACAACAACGCCCCGAAGAUGAUGGCGCUGAACUGUUCGCUGGAGGAGGAGAUGGAGUGGAGGGACUCAGACGAAGAGAAGGAGACCAAUGUGGACCACAACCGGCAGACUGAGAUCAAGAAGGAGAAACUACCGGCAAGACUCAAGGAGGGGCUGGAUUAUCUCAGUUACAUCGUUGAGAGGACAAAGGACGAAGAUAAAGCCAAAAGGACCCGAAAUGACUGGGAGUUCGUCGCUAUGGUGAUAGAUCGCAUCUUCCUGUGGAUCUACCUGCUGACCGUCGUAAUAGGCACUUUGGUCAUCAUGCUGUCCUCCCCGGUUCUCUGGGAGAACGUUAACAAAUUCAGCCAGCAGUCGGAGCGGGACAAGCCGGAGAUCCGCUGCACCUACUUAGAGGACCUUCUCCCAAACUCCAACCACACUACAGUCAAGAGCCAGAUCUACACCUGCUAGAUGAAGCAGCGAAGGAGGCCGGCCUCCAUCUCGUAAUAAUCUGCCCGCGGGACUUCCGCCAGCACGAGUCUCGGGUGUGCUCACUUAGGCCCCCGUGCUGGUAUUGACCUCGACGAGACACGCGUGCAGAGAAUUGGACCCAGUUGUUCGUAAAUUCAAGAUUGAACAAUCUGAAGGACUAGCUUAUUGAAGGAAUACGAGCACGCAUGAUAUCCAGCAUAUGUUGGAACAAGCCUAACUGCUGAAUUCGAGAAUGAACUCAAUAUAGCCAACUUUGUAGCAGUAGUUCUGGUACAAGUAUAUAAAGGGGCAGUAUGUGUUAUUAUUAGAAAGAAAACUUGAGAGUCUAAUGGAAGCAGGAUAGUUGCCGUAAAUCUUUACUUUAAGAGUAUUUCAUUUUGAAGCUAAUUUAAAGGUAAAAUAAUGGAAAUAAAUGAUGUAAUGUGGUGUUUGUGGCGUAAACGACUAAAUAAAAACUAAACAUUAACAUCGUUUUUGUAUACACCAAAAUCAAGGGCACGAUUAGGAGCAGAUACAAAAAGGAAAACACUCCGCACGUUUUAUGAUCAAAUUCGAAGAGAGAGUUCAUUGUGUGUUAUGGCCAGCUAAGAAGAGACAAUGAGUUUAGCAAUGAGUUCUGGUAUAUUCUUUGUAAAGCGAAAAUGAACGGAUAAAAAGUGCUUACCGUACUAAAACAGAUGACGUCAACUUAUUUGCCAGGAUUUAAAGCGAUGUCUGACAAAAAUUUCUCUAAUAAUGAAGCCUGGGCUCCUUUCUUCUGUACUGCGCGUUCAAGUGUCCCCUGUCUUAUGGAGUCCUUUUUGAUUGUGUUUUUUUUUUUUUUUUGGGGGGGGGCGUUUUAGUUCACACUUCACGCUACCAAAUUGCUGUCUGUGAAAAUUUUGUUGAUUCACGUACACAUUUGAUGAAGCAUUGUAACAGCUGUUUAAGGCACACAAGCGGUUGAUAGUUUUUAUAUUUGAACGAACAGAUGAAAACAUGAAAAGAGCUAGAAUCAAAAGAUCGUGAAUUUGACAACUUGAGUUCAAAAUAGGAAGCACUGGGAAUUAAAGUUAGACACACAAUGUAAAUGGUGAUCCAGAAAUGACACAUCGAUAAUGAUUAUCUUUUAGGUUUCAUACAGAUUUGAAUGUUUUGCAAGACCGAGUAAUUGCCUCGAACGACUUGAAAGUUUUGAUCUCUUUAAUACGGAGAAACUGAAAGAAACUGUAGGAAAGAUUUCUAUGAUUUUUAGACUAAUUUCUUGAUUGCAUGUCUUAACUGGAGCAUCCUAUUGGAUGUCCACUAAGCAACGUGUUUAGAAGCAAUAAAGGUUUCAGGUAAUCUAAGAAAUGAUUUGUGAAAUCAGUGGUAACCAACUGCACAGGCGUAAUUAACGUAGGAUUCAAGGAGGGUUUUGUGGGGGAGCACAUUUUAAACUCACUCUAGACUUAGCUUAACAAAAUAUUUCAAGCGACAAGAAAAUUAAAUUUUCUUUCCUACUGAUUGUAAAAAUCAAGUAGACAACUAAAUACUGAAUAAAAGUUUUGGAUUUUAAGAAGAAUAAAAAGCAUGAUGACAAUUAAAUUAACAGUUACUAUUCUAUGCAUGUAGGAGGGGUCACUUAAGAAAAUGUAAUAAAUAUUCAGAGAGAAAACCAAACUCUUGUUUGUUUUUGGAACUCCAAAAGUAUUACCUUUGUAUCUUAAAGAAAUGGUUUACUAUAUACAGUUAUUCUUUCCGAAUGUCAGUAAGAACAUAAAGAUAUCGAAGAAGCGAUAGACUUUAUUCACGCGGAAGCCAGUUUUUGGUCUUGUUCCCUGAAUCUAUCAUAAUCAAUGUAAGGAUAAAUGGAGUGGUGCCAGACUAGUUUGGGCUCCAAGUCCUACUUCCAAUCUUUUAUGUAAAUGAGGCAUUUAGAAAUGCUUUAUUACAAAUUGUGAAUUAUUCUUAUCAUAACUGGCAUAAAUUUGUAAUGAACUUUUA